ACAUCGUGGGAGUGUUUUAAUCACACACAUUUAUGCAUUAGAGUCAAAUGAACGCUUCCAAGGAACCAGGAUUGAUGAUAUCGCAGUAUCUGAUUACAUUUAUCUGCAGCAUUUAAAGUUUGCUGAAGGACAGUGGCGCGUGUUAGGUGAUGAGGGAAACGUUGAGGCGAGUUGUGCAAAGAUGAAGAUGAGUGCUUGCUGGAUGUUCAUUAUGCUCCUGAGCUGCAAGUUAUCUCAUGCCAUACAGCUGAACAUUAUCUCCGUACAUGCCGGAGAUAAUGUUCCAGUGCCUUGCCCGAAGCUGACCGAGGAAGACACGAUCUUUAGUCUCCUCAAGAACGAAGAAGAAAUUGUGACCUAUAAGAGCGUCCAUGGUGACAACUCCACACUGCCGACCACCACAGCAGGAGUUGUAAUACAUGAAGACAGAAAAAAACAAUCAUUUCAUUUUACACUGAUGGGGGUGAAUGCCAGCAUAGUUGGUGUCUACAAAUGUGAGGCCAAAGUCAUUCGACCCCCUCCCAUCAUGCUAAGGCCAAGUACUGUGUGGGUCCUGGUACAAGUAAAAGAAAACCAAUGCGCAUCCAAAACAGAACACUGUCAGGGUGGAGCAGAUGGAGGUCAAACCUAUGGAUUUCCCUGGAUAUUGAUUCUGUCGCUUGUACUUAUUAGCAUCUACAGCGUAGCUAUCACUAUCAUUGCAGUUCUCUUUUGGGUGAGGUGGAGGGGGUCAGAGCCCCAGAGCGACUACAUGAACACCAAACCCAGAACAGCCAGGGACCACAGGAAGAAGAAAGGGGUCCUGAAUUUUGUUCCACGGCACUGCUGAUCCCUGUUACUGUAGAUAUAAAAACACAGGUUUUGAGCUUUUGUUAACUUCACUUUUCGUAGCAAAUGCAGCAGCGCUUUUUUGACACGUUUUCUUUUAAAUCAUUCAAAUGUUAGCCAGCUCUCACUGUCUCUUCUCACACACUGAUCUGCAGCAGAAACCCUCUGUGGUCACAACAGAAGCAUGCUUCUGAAAGAGGGGAUUAAAUCUCAUUUACAAAAUCUGUGUGGUGAAUCACGAGUUACUGCAAUGUCAAAAUAAAAGACGAACCCUAAAAACA